AUGGCGGACCUGGGACGCGCACGUACAGACACUUCAACAAGAACUAGAUCACGGUCACGGCCAAGCCGGCCGCCUAGCCCUCAAAUACACCGGCUGUUCUCCACGCAAAUCCCCAAUGACCCUUUAGUCUACCAUCAAGAAGACGGAGCGGGAGUUCACGUCGACGAAAACACGGUGUCACUGUACCAAACCGAAACGCAGAGUCGCCAGCCCGAGUCACCAGAGGCAGAGGAUUCUGAUAGUACGUUCGAUGACGAGAACGAGAAGGCCGAUGAAGCAGCAGUCGCAGAGGGUACAACGAUUGAAGAAAUCAGAGGAAUUCCGAACGAACAUGAUGUUGAAGCUCAACCGCAGGAACUUGAGAAGAAGAAGUCCUCGCAGCCAAUCAAGGAUUCAGAUUUAGUCACUUGGGACGGUCCAGAUGACCCCGCUAAUCCAAAAAAUUGGUCAAUGAAACGCAAAUGGGUGGCAACUUUCAUCGUCUCCUCAUUUACCCUUGUCUCGCCUGUCUCCUCGUCCAUGAUCGCGCCCGCUCUAUCCUCUAUUAGCAAAGAGUUUCAUAUCACCAACCAGUUUGAAGCUCAAAUGACGCUAUCAAUCUUCGUUCUUGCUUAUGCCAUCGGACCACUCUUUCUUGGCCCAUUGUCUGAGAUAUAUGGACGGGUCAUCGUACUCCAAAUAGCAAACCUAUUCUACCUAGCCUGGAAUCUCGGAUGCGGGUUUGCGCAAAGCUCUGGCCAGCUCAUGGCUUUCCGGUUCUUUAGUGGGUUAGGCGGAAGCGCUCCACUAGCCAUUGGUGGAGGCCUUCUUUCGGACUGCUUCUACCCGGAGCAAAGAGGUAAAGCGAUCAGCAUCUACAGUCUCGCACCUCUACUCGGUCCCGCCAUUGGACCCAUCGCAGGCGGCUUUAUCUCGCAAAAUACCACUUGGCGUUGGUGCUUUUGGGCGACCACCAUCUUCACCGCCGUGGUUCAAUGCUUCGGUGUCCUCUUCCUCCAGGAGACCUACGCACCCAAGCUUCUUGCUCUCAAGCGAGACAGACUUCGCAAGGAAACAGGAAACAUGAAAUUGCACACCGAAUACGACAGUCCUGACAGGACACUAGCGAAGACGAUAAAAGGAGCACUCCAGCGACCCUUCAGGCUCAUUGCUACGCAGCCCAUUGUACAGGUUCUCGCAUGCUACAUGGCGUAUUUGUAUGGGCUCAUGUAUCUCACGCUUUCAACAUUUCCUCUCCUUUGGAACGACCGGUACAAUGAGUCUGUGGGAGUUGGUAGCUUGAACUUUAUCUCCAUGGCUGUUGGGUUCUUCCUCGGAACUCAAAUCUGCGCUCCCCUCAACGAUGCAAUAUACCGCAGGCUGAAGAAGCGAAACAACAAUGUCGGGAAACCAGAGUUCCGUGUCCCUAUGAUGGUCCCUGCUUCACUCCUAGUCCCCAUAGGACUCUUCUGGUACGGGUGGAGCGCUCAAGCCCGAGUACACUGGAUCAUGCCGAACAUCGGAGCUGCCAUUUUCUGCGCAGGUACCAUUGUUGGAUUCCAGUGCAUCCAAACGUACCUAGUCGAUUCGUAUACUCGAUAUGCUGCGUCGGCGAUUGCGGCCGCAACAGUGCUGCGAUCUCUUGCUGGGUUUGGGUUUCCGCUCUUCGCCCCAGCCAUGUACAACACACUUGACUUUGGGUGGGGGAAUAGUUUGCUGGGGUUCAUUGCGAUUGGGCUAGGUGUGCCAGCGCCAUUCUUACUCUGGAAAUUUGGUGGGUUGCUGAGGUCCAGGAGUAAGUUUGCUGCUGGUGGUUGA